CAGGUCGGAAACGAUACGUCGUGGGCUCUAGCGCAUGUAGAAUCUGUAAAUAAUAUUGUAAAGAACAUAAUAGAAAGGGAACCUUCAUAUGUUGAAAAUAACUCUGAAAAGGUUGUUACAUUCUUUAGAAAUACAUGCCCAGGAAACUGUAGCAACAACGGUGAUUGUACAGAUACAAGCGAGUGUGAUUGCUUUGAAUUUUUCCAUGGACCGGAAUGUGACAUAGAUGAAAGAGAUCCUUUGAUAAUUGACGACAUAGAAGGUGGCGGAGAAUGUGAUCUAGGUGAUGGCGAAGAAUGUAAAUGUUUCCAUGUCAGAUCUUCAAAUAUUCUUGAAGGUUUUAAAUGCCAAAUCAAGGCGAUCAAGAUUUCAGUCACUGGUGAAAGGGAGAUGGAAUACACAAAGUCAUUUACUGGUGGAUAUGAGGAUAUAUUUACUGGGGUGUGCUGUGUUCAAGACAACAUAAUUGAUACGGAAAGUUUAUUUGUUACGCAAUACGAUUUUUCUAUCAGCAAUAAUGGUUUAACGUUCGUUAACUAUAAGAGUGUUUACGUGCUCGACUCAACUUGCCAAGAAGGGGAGAAUACUUCUUUCGACAACGCUUCAUUCAGCUUGAAGACUGGAUUCUGUUUCAUCAAUGGAUCUUGUACAGCGGAAAAAGAGAUGGCUCCUGUUGGUUGUUUGGCAUGUCAGUCUAUUAAGGAUAAAUAUAACUGGACAGAUUAUAACCCAUGCCAGAAUGGGGGUUAUUGUACUGACGAAACUAACGGCUAUUCUUGCGUUUGCGUUGAUGGAUAUGGCGGGAAGAAUUGUGAAAUCGAUAUAGAUGAAUGUUCUUCCGACCCAUGCACAAACGGUGGCACCUGUAAGGAUCUUGUCAAUGGUUAUGAAUGUACAUGCAUUGCCGGAUAUGACGGAACAACAUGUGAUAAUAAUAUCGAUGAAUGUUCGAACGACCCAUGUAAAAAUGGAGGUACAUGUACGGAUCUUGUUAAUGGAUAUGAAUGUGAAUGUGUGCCGGGAUAUGACACAGAUGACACGUGUCAUAAUGCACAGGUACAAUAUCGCUGCAAUCCAGAUGACAGUAUUAAUGUGUUCAAUCUACCAGAAGACAGUUACCUAUUUGCCAUGCAAGUUGUCACGGACGGAAAUGACAUACCGUGUACGGUGCACGAGGAAAAUGCGACAACUGUGACAUUGACCGGGUGCUCGAAGGUAUAAGAAUGUCAAGUUUUG